GAGAAACAGACAUACCAUGGGAAGUUUUUCUGUACUAUAAAACUAAUUUGCCGGAUGAGAAGCUAUGAAUACAACUUCAAGAGAAAAGUUGAGUUGAGAAUAAUGCAAACAUUAUAUCACGUUUUCGACUUAAUUCCUGUGGUUAUUAUUAUAAACAAGUUUUCAAUUAAAUAAUCAUGUUUGAAGCAAGCGUAUUAAAUGGACUUACGCGACUAAGUAUUGAAAUUGGCAGCAGUAGGAGUAGAACUGAUGAUGAUUUUAUUGAUCGUAUCAAUCAUUCUUAUACAACAACAAUGCUUAUGAUAUGCACAUUGGUUGUAAUGGGCAGACAAUUCAUUGGUAAACCAAUAGCUUGUUGGACACCAAAUGAAUUUACUAGUGCACAAGUUGAAUAUGCAACAUUAGUAUGCUGGGUUACAUCAACUUACUUCAUUUCACCUGAUCAAGCUACAAUACCUGCGGAUUUAACAGUACGUAGAAAAGACUCCAUACACUACUACCAAUGGGUACCAUUUUUAUUAAUGUUUCAAGCUGCUAUGUUUUCAGUGCCAUGUAUUGUAUGGCGUUUAUUUAACUGGCAGUCACGUAUUCAUUUGUGGACAGUAAUGGACUUAGCCAGUAAAGCAGGUGAUCUUGAGGAGACAAUGCAUUCCAGUGUAAACCAUCUUGAAUAUGUCGUACGUCAUUUGGAAGAUGCUCUCAUUAUUCGACAUAGAAGAAAGCGUACUCGCAAGAAUAAUAGUUCUGUUUCAGUUGUUCAGACGUCUAUAUCUAGCCUAGGUAGUACAAAUGAGCAGUGGUUGAAUAAAGACAAUAAUUCAUGGUAUUCGAUUCUUCCGCUUACAAUCACCCAUAGAUCACGCAUUCCCGGCCCACGACCUUGCUCACCACAAUCCAGUAGCUAUCUCACUGGUCUGUAUUUGAUUGUUAAGGCACUAUAUGUCUUUAAUUCAACGGGACAGCUAUUUUUAUUGGCAAGGUUUUUAGGUCAGACAACAAUUUUUUUCGGACCACAAGUGUUAGCUGAUCUAAUAGCUGGUACACAUUGGUAUCAGAGUGGAAAUUUUCCUCGUGUUACUUUCUGUGAUUUGGAUAUGCGAAAAAUGGGUAGUAAUUAUCAUCGAUACACUCUGCAAUGUGUAUUAGGAAUCAAUAUGUUCAAUGAGAAAAUUUUCAUCUUCCUAUGGUUUUGGUUCACUGGUUUAACUCUAAUGAACAUACAUAGCUUCCUACGUUGGUGCUGUAGGUCAACAUUUCAAUCAAGCAGAACAAAUUUUGUUAGAAAUUUAUUGUUUAAUAAAUCUGAGAAUACCGCUGAUGACAAAACAAAUCAUUCCUCGAAAACCUCGAAUACUACACAGAACUCAGAGUGUCAGUCAGAAGGUCGACAGUCGCCAUUACACACCACUCAUUCUUUAUUCUCUGAUAAUAACAAUAAUAAUAACAACGAAACUCUAUCGUUAACAGAUAAAAAAGCUUCGUCAUUUUUCACUGAACAUGUUUUAGGACAAGAUGGUGUGUUCGUUCUUCGCCUAAUUGCACUGAAUACUGGUCGACAUAUUGCCGCUAAAAUUGCACGUCUUAUCUGGAAUCACUACAGACUUUUAAAUAAUACGUCAAAGUAUCCACACACAACAGUGAUAGCGACAAAAGCAACAGCAUCAGGUGCAGAAAGAACACAGUGUGUUGAUUUGACUAGUGAUAAACAUCUUUCUCAGAUUGUUCAGUCUCCCCCGAUUCCAGAAAGAAUGGAUAAAAAUAAACACAUCGAAGGAUCGAUUGUAUCAACAUCUUCUUAUAGUGAAUCAGAUCAUAUCGUAAGGGCAAGAACAUUGAAUGUUUCUAAUUCAGCAAGGCAAAUGAUGAACCAGCACUCACAAACUUCACGAUCACACUCCACAUACAGUUCAAGAAAUUCAUUUCAAGAUCAUUAUGAUCAUUAUUUACAUUCCGAUCAAAAUUCAUCGAAUAACUCAGGAGCUUUAAAUCAACCGAAGAAUCUUGUUUAA